AUGGAUGGACCUUUGGAGGCCUCCAGCCCUCACGUCAACGGCGUCAAGCGACCGUCCGUCGACCUUGAGAGUUUGCAGCACAAGAAGUUCAAGACCGAGGAGCUACCCUUGACUGCUGGGCAGCACGAAGCUAUUGAGAACCUGCUCCACAGCUUCAAGAAAAAGGGAGGAUUUGAUACGAUUCGGAAGAAGAUCUGGUCGGAGUUUCACGAUGGAGAGGGAAAAGCGGAAUUUACGAAGCUACUCACUGACUUGGCUGAAUCCGAAAUCGAGCGCGAACCCUCACUUCUCUCGAGAGAUCAAGGCAAGGCUGCGACACUGAUUGAAGGCGCGGUGGAUCGAAGCGAUGUCUACAAGACGGUGGAGAAAACUUUGGAUGCGCUGGCCGCACAACACCUCCCGACUAUAUUAGAGUCUAUUCGUGAGAUUCGCCGCCAGGAAAUUGGUGAGGAGAACGCCGCGCGCGAAGAACAAGCUGGCAAUAAGACCGACGAAGAAUACGCUGCAUUUGUGAAGGCCAGGCGGGAUGAGCGCGAAAAGCUGUGGCAGGAGGCAGAGCGCAAGCGAAGAGAUCUCGAGGAAGAAGAAGCCCGGCUGAAGGCGGAAGAGGACCGCAAGCAACGCGAAAUUCAGCGACAAAAGGAUGAAGAGGACCGUACAAGGCAGAGGGAACGUGACGAACAACGACGGACAGAACACCGCCAACUCGAUGAACAAAGAGAUAAGGAACGACAAGAACGGUACGACCGACGUCGCCGCGACGACCGUGAGAAAUACAGAGAUUGGGGAUAUCGUGAUCGAGACCGUUCGCGUACAAGGGAUAGGGACUCGGACAGAGAUCGGGAUCGGAGAGACUCUUAUCGCUACCGUGAUCGCUCUCCAGGCUAUCGCUCUGACCGUGGUGUCUCGCCUCGUCAACGAGAGACCAAAAAAGACAAAUCGCCAGCUCCAAAGGAGCCAACUCCACCCGUUCCUCCACCUGCGCCAGUGGAUGAGAAGACCUUGGAAGAGACCGCACUACUGCUCCUGCUUAAGGAAGGUGAAGAGCUUGCAGCAAAGGCUCGACAGAAGCCGGAGUUUGAUUUUGAGGAAGCCGAAGCUAUCGAAAGUGGGCUCAAGCCACCACCAACGAAACCCAAAGGCAUGUCCGAUUCCCGGUUCUCGAAUACUCCAACCAAAUCAGGAAGCCCAGCUGUCGAUUCAGAAAGGAACCGCAGACGUGAGUCGACGGGCGUGGACGAGCGAAACCGAAGAGGAGCUAUUAGCCGCAGCGAUUCCAGACGUAGAAGCUCGCGGUUUGAGGAAGACCGUCAUGGGCGCUCGCGAGAAGUAUCAGACCGACCGCGAGAACGUGCUUCGGAAGACAAACUACCUAUUCGCGAUUUCCGGGAGGGCUACGGCAAUAGAAGCUAUCGGCCAAAUCGCCGUAGCAGGAGCCGUUCCAUCACUCGAACAACGCAUGAUAGGGAUAGGGACCGCGAUCCUGAGCGAAAAGAUCGCGAUCACGACAGGGUCGAUCGGGAUCGGGACCGGGACAGGGAAAGGGAGAGAGAUCGUGAGAAGGACCGUGAUCGAGAGCGGAGGACAGACCGUGACAGGGAUCGCGGCCGGGACGACCGGGAUAGAGACCAUGACCGUCGUCGAGAUCGAAGCCGGGAUCGCAGUCGCGAUCGUGACCGCGCUCGAGACAGGGAUAGAGAUAGGGACGAUCGUGAUAGAUACCGUCGGCGGUAUAGCCACUACUCUCGGUCACGCUCACGUCCACGCUCGCCUCAGAGAGAUCGAGAUCGUGACAGGGACCGAGAAAGAAACAGAGACAAGUCCAGGGAACGGGAUAGGUCGCGCGAACGUGACCGCGAUAGAAACAGAGACAGGUCACGAGACAGAGACAAGGGAAGAGACAGAGAAAGGAACCGCGAGAAGGACAGAGACCCGGAGCGGGAGAGGCCCGUGGAUAAAGAAAGAGAUCGCGAAAAGGAAAGAGAUCGGGAGCGGGACAGGCCCGCUGAAAAGGACAAGGAGAGGGACAAAGAUCGAGAACGUGGGAGGGACAGAGAGCGAAAGUCGUCCACAUCGCCUCGUCGUCGCUCCCGCUCGCGGCGACGCUCUCCAAGUCUCCUUGAUAUCGAUCGCUAUGUACCCCUGACCAGCCACCGGAGCCGCUCCCCCCGUCGACGAGUUCGAUCACCUGAACGCCCUGAGGAGCGGCCGCGAGGCUUUGUUGAGAUAGACCGGUAUAUGCCAGGCGGUGGUGGAGACCGAGAUCAAACCCGCGACAGAAACCGUGAUCAGAAUCACAAGGCACAAAGUUGGCGGCCAGGUGAUGCAGAAGAGAAACCUACUUCGAGGGAGUAA